CGCGUCCUCGUGCCGUUCAUGACGCAGUUCGCGGACUUCGACAGCUGGGAGCUCGCGCAGAAGCUCGUGGACGACCUCCCCGCGCUGAGCGACGCGGGCGUGACCGUCGUCGGCGUCGGCAUCGGCUCCGUCGACGCCGCGAGAGAGUUCGCGCGUCGGACGAACUUCCCGCUGGAGUCGCUCUACGCGGACGACACCGCGGCGGCCUACGCCGCGCUCGGGUUCGCCCCCGGGUUCGGACGCGCCGGCGGCGACGGCAUGGCGAAGCUCAUGGUGAUGUGCGCGGGCGUGGGCUCCCCCGGGACGCUGAGCGCCGUGUUCGGCGGAUACCUCGGGUCCAAGUACAAGAAACAGCUGUUCAACGAGGGGUCGAACUACGACAACCCGACGAUUCGUAAGCUCAUGGACGUCACCCUGGGGAAAGGGUACCAGCGCCCGUUUGAGCUCGCGACGUUGCGGCUGAAGAACAUGAUCGAGAUCAUCGGCGACUGGGAAAAGCUCGCGCCCUCGGACGACCAGCUCUUGGUGCAACGAGGCGGGUCGCUCGUGUUCCAGGACGGGAAGGUCGCGUUCAGGCACGACGACGCGGGGAUCUUAGGGUACUGCGAC